GGGUGCAUUCGGAAGGUGUAUCAUAUUUCGAAGAUCGCAACACGCGGUUUUCACACGUUCGCAAAUUGGUCAGUUCACACCUGGAAAAUCAACCAAGGGAAAAACAACAACCGACCAAGCUUUUCAAUUGGAAUAAAUUGCCAUUAAUGCCACUGCCUUCACCAUCUACGGAAAACUUCAUCGAAUACCACCAUGAAACCACAACUUCAUUUCCAGUCACCACAGUGCGAGCAACGGUUCCAGAAUUACAAUACUCAACGGCUACCAAAGUAGAAGUGAUACCACAUACUAAUGGCACUGACGAUGCUUCUCCAAAACCGAAACGUAAGGGAAAACCAGGAAAUCAGAAAGGCAAUAAGAAAAAAGAAGGCAAGAGAAAGCUUCAGAAAUCUGGUGGAAAAAGCAAUGAAAAGGAAUUAAGUGCUGAAGCUUCUGAAAGAAGACUUAAAAGAACUCGUUUACGUCAAGAAAGACUUGAAAGGUUGGAGAAGAAAAGGCAGAAAAGAUUAGAAUUAGCUUUGAAGCGCAAGAACAGAAAGAAGAAAUUUAAGACUACAACUUGGUCGUCUGAUGAUUUGGUAACGCCAGCAUCUAUCACUGAAGAACCGUUAAUUCAACACAUAGCCAGUAGUACCCAAACCGUUGACUAUAGUCCUACACCUGAAGUAGAAGCAUCUUCAACUGCCCACCCAAAUCAUCUUCCAAAUUCCGAUAUUCAGGAAAGUACACCGGGUCACAAACCAUCACAUAAGUUAAAGAAAAAACAUCACAAUAAUUCUCUCAACGGAAAUUCCAAUACUGUUCGACAAGAAAAUCCAGUUCGCGAUCAACGAAUGAAAGAUGGAUCAGGUUUUAUUGUAAAUGCUUUUGUAGAUGAUGUUGUUAGUGGUAAAUUGCAAGCAACAACUACUGAAAGAGCACCGGUCACAGAAAACUAUUCAUCUCAAACGACAAUGAGCAAUAAAAUCACCAAGGAUGAGGUUUGGUUCGGGGAUCUAUCUUGUUUGAGUCCGUUUGUUCUGGCACCAGAAUCUAUUGGAGCACAUAUAACUUAUAGAAGGAAAGAGUUUUACAAAUUUGUGUAUAUGGUGGCAGAAUACAAAUGCAAACCAGGUUUACGUCUUUCAACGUCCCAUCCUUGGAUGAUAUGCCGAAACAAGAAAUGGCUAGGAACAGUUCCUGGAUGUGUUGAGAUUGAGGAUCCAUCUGAAUUAGGAAACGAUUUGAAUGUCGGUUUCAAGAAACCUCCUUGUUAUGGUGGUCGUGGCAAUUGUGAUCAUUUGUGUGCUGUUUACAAUCGUACUGAAGAAGUUUGCAGCUGCUAUAAAGGAUUUCGGUUAGAAGGAAAUGUAUGCCGAGAUAUAAAUGAAUGUGCUUCAAACAACGGUGGGUGUGAGAAUGAUUGCAUCAACACGAUUGGAUCAUUUUCGUGUACCUGCCCUCCAGGACUAAGAUUGGGAGAUGAUAAGAAAAAUUGCAUCGAUAUCAAUGAAUGUCUAUUAAACAACGGCCAUGGUCCCUGUCAAGAUGGUUGCGAAAAUAGUUGGGGCAGUUACACCUGCAGUUGUGGCCAAAGAGAUGGUUUGCGAGGCACCAGGCUCGGCCCGGAUGGCCAUAGUUGUUUAGCAGGCGAAGAUGAUUGCUUGUCUGGUGCUGCAGGUUGUUCACACGAUUGUAUUAAUUUACCUCUAGGACGGGGUGCUUUUUGCACUUGUCCUGAGGGGUGGACUCUUCAAGAUGAUUGGAAAACAUGCAAAGAUGUGGACGAAUGCGCUGAUCCUGAUCUCCAAUCACCCGAAAGAAAGUGUGAUCCUGGAACUUGUGAAAAUUUAGAAGGCAAUUAUAGAUGCUUGGAAAUUUCUGUGAUCAAUGAUCAACCAGCAGAAUUAAAAACAAUCAUUUGUCAAGAUGGCAUGAAGCCUGAUGAUACCGGUCUGAAAUGCGUCGAUAUUGACGAGUGUCUAGAAGAUAAUGGAGGAUGUUCCCAACGUUGCAUCAACACAGAAGGUAGUUUUAGAUGUGCUUGUCAACCAGGCUAUGUUUUUGGACCUGAUGGCGUAAAAUGCGUUGUGAGCGCUAUCGAUAUUGCCUGUCCGGCUUUGUAUCCACCCAAACAUGGGUUCUUGGAAUGUAGAAGGCCAAGUGCAAAUCCUGUUCUGCACAACACUGAAGGUAAAAAAGGUCGUUUCAUUCGCACCCGGUCCGGAAGGCGCAGGGUGACGAACAUGCCGGGUACUCAGUGCCAUGUCCGGUGUCGGAAAGCUUUCCGGUUAGAAGGCACAUAUCAGCAGGUUUGCCAACAUGAUGGCAAAUGGGCUGGAGACGAUAAGGGAGAAUGCAUUCGUUCAGAAACUUACUCUUCCUUAGAAUUGAAUAUCUAAAUACAUGCACCUUCUACCAAGCACAUAUUUAAAGCUAACUUACCUAUCAUUUUUCAUAAAAUAAUUUAAUUGUAUUUAUAUAUUUCUAGUUAUGUCAUUUA